CGACAAAGCGAAAACCGAGCUGCUCUUCCUCUGAUAGAGCUCUCCCAAUAUUCUUCCUCGGAAAUCAUAAUUUCCGAUUUCAAUAAUGAAUUUUAAACAAGUCGUUCGGUCAGAAAGCUAAGGGUGGUAGUAGCAAUGGGCACACUGGACAACGUUUCAUGCUGUUCAUGUUCACACCCCUUCCCAGCCUCGACCCCGCCUUCAACGACCUUUAACUGCUUCAAUUUACCGCAAGUCUAAACGAAAACAGCUCACGGACAACUGAGACAAUUCCUGUGGGAGAACACAGCCCAAUGCUUCUUUACUGAAGAACUUGGUCUAAGCAGUAUGAACGGAUGCCAAGGUGACAAAGGUCGGAAAAAACGAAAUGUAACGAUUUGUAAUGCGCACACUAUCAUACCAAUUCCUGUUCGGCAAGAAUGUUCAGAGCCAGAGGUAAGUUGAUGUUGUUUCCAAGGUUUAUGCUGCAUUAAAAAAAUUGAUGGUAAACAUUGAAAGCGGAAGUAUUCGAACCAUGUCGCGAGCCUGUAUCAAAACUUUAUAUUUUCUAUCUCAGUGGCUUCGAAAUCACUCACCCUCGUCAAGAUGGGAGAUGAUGAUGCUGACAAUGCAAACCAAGACACAAAAGAUCAAUUGUUUUCGAGGCGAUCUAAGGGGAAUCAAUUUUCAUCCUUACUUUAGAACUUGUUAAUCAACAGAUUUCAAAAAACAGAACUGCUCACGCGUUAUAUAACUGUGUAUCGAUUAUCAUUUAACUUAAAAAAAAGAGAAAAAUGAACGAAAUAUGAAAGGCAUUCAUCACUUGAAUGGAAGACACUGAUACGUAAAUUGUACACAAAGUGCGACCAGUGGCAAAAAUUAUCAUAAAUUGAUGAACGGAUAUUCGCAGAGAUUUGUUGAAACGCAUCCCAGCCUUUGACACUUAGUCUUUUAACCGCCUUCAAAGGGAAUAUAGAAAAAGAAACUUAGUCUAAUGCUUCUGGAAUAAGCUGGCUUGUUGGAACUUCGUUACGAAAAGAAAGGAGUUUCUUUGAAAAAUCCGUGUAAAUCUGACUAUUAUUAGUCUCUUGUCAUACAGCGACGCUUGUGUGAUUCUUUUUGUAUGGAAACUGCUGUUCACUAGAAGCAAAGAAAAACGCAAAUUACAUAAGAAACGAGGGAUUUUGGCAAGAAAUUAAGCAGUUAAAUAAUCGUGGAUCACUCGACAAUCCAUUCCCCCUUCAUUUAAAUAGUUCCUGAUGUAAAGCACGUUAUUGGACGGUAUGAUCAACACGCUAUUUCUCUUAAAGAAAAUAAACACGACAUCAUAGUCAAAUUAGCAGGUAAAGGCAACAAACACAACUUGACCUGGUUAAAUCAAUGCCACAGAACUAUUCGCUUUUCACGUAAUGUUUACGGUUAGCUUCUGAGUAUUUUAAAAGAAAGAAAAGCGCCUUAUUGAUAUGUGUAGUUGAAACGUGACGGUAACUGAUCAAAUACAGUUUGAUGGAGCUCUCAGGCAAUUUUAAGCUCCUUUUUAUCUCGUUGUCAUUUCCAUUUUCGGUGCAUAGCUUUAUCUCCAAAGUCUUAUCAAAUAACUUUAUAAUUUGCUUCAAAUUGUUUAAAUUCGGGUGACGCCCGAUUUUCAGUAAAUUAGAAAUGAUCUAAGAUAUGGGUUUGGCCUUCAAACAACGCCUUUGUGUAGGUGACCGUUCUUACUGUCGACUCACCAGAUGGUUUUCGUCGCUCACAAGAAAUCGAAAACAUUUUACAUGAAGAUAAACGUGACAAUAAACGCUCUUCUGCCACAGACGUGUGAAUCUGUGCGUGACCCUUUAGACAAGACAAUAGUCGUUCGGUUUAUUGUUGUCACGAAAAAAGACACGAAUCGUCUACACCUGACCAAAAAGUGAUCACGUGUUUACUAUUUUGGCCUUGGCAGAGGUAAACAAACCGUGCUCGUUUAGAGGGACAAAGUUCGUUUUCAGUCUAUUACUACACGUGAGAACGUUUCAAUUCACGCGCUUUUCACAUGAAGGUAGCUCUCUGAUUGGCUCACCUCACCGGAAGUGUUAUGUGAUUGGUCCAACCCCCUCAAACGCCCUCUGUACUGCAUGAUCUUCGUGCUGAUCUAAGUUCAAUCAACAGAAAACGAUAACAAAAAUCCCCUACGCUUUUAGUCAUCAGCAGAAUUUUUGCACGAUUAACACUGAGUCAUGUACGCUCUUCCUAUGUCUCCUCCUUCAACGCCUUCGUCGCCGUCUAAAGAGAUGGAAGUAAGUGAAAUCAGUUCGGAAGCUUAGAUGCGCUAAGUUAUUGAGUGACUAAUUUUUUUACGCUCUUUUGUGUUUACAUCAGGAGGACACGAAUUCUGUGCAUUCGGAUGGUGAAGGUUGUCAAAGCGAAACGAGCGAAAAUGUCGACUUGGAUGCAGUUCAGUCUCUCCUUGCAAUGAGUCAAUGGUCGCCUCAUCUUCCAGAAAGGAAUACUCCUAGUCCUGACUCUGGGCUGUCUUCUAUAAGCAGAAAUUCGUCAAGCGCUUCGUUGAGCAGCGCGACUUCCGUUGAGGACGAACCAGAAAAGGUAACGACAUUUAUUUCCUUAAAUUGAAAAGUAAACUUUUCUGUAUUAUUAUUCCUGGUUAUGAAUCCCUCCAAAUUUUCAUUUCUGAUUCUAGCUAGUCAAAUAAUCGAUUUCGUGCCACUUUUUUAUAGCAUGAAAACAACGGAGUUAAAGAAACAGCCGAUUUUGGAAUUCCUCGUGGCAACUCUGGACUUUGCUCUCCAACUUCGGGAAAUGUUACUUUAGGCGCGAUUUCUACUACAGCCGCACCUUCUGCAACAAUGUCUACCUUGCCUUUAAAAGUUUUCCCAAACGGAGUAAAUAUGAAUCAAGUUCUUCUGGCAAACGGCGGACCGAAUCUACCAGCUGGUGCUGUAGUUGUACUUUGCCCCGUAGCAGCCACAAACGGAACUGCCGCAGGAGUCAGCAACAUUUCACAGUUACAGCAGAGAAAUUUUGUUGUCACUCAAGCAGGACUUCUUCCCCAAUUUCAAGGACAGAAUCAACAAGAAACCGAGAGUGGAAAAAAUCAGCCCAGUCGCCGAAGGAAUCACGUUUGCUCGUUUGAAAACUGUGGUAAAACUUACUUCAAAAGUUCCCACUUGAAAGCCCAUAUGAGGACGCAUACAGGUAUCUAAUAAAAGUUUUGUGUUGACACAACAAAGUGAGAUUUUGGCUUUUUAUCAUCGAAAGUUUUCUGUUUAAGGUAAUUCUCCCAGUUACAUAGAUUCUAACCAACAGUCUUUGAUUUUCUGAUAUCGCGGAAUUUCUUUCGUAUUGGCAUUGACAUGUCUUGCCCACACACACCUUUGUCCUGCCUGCUAUACACCCACUAGCUGAUCACGUGAAAUUGCAGUGUGCGAGGCAAUUUAUUAUGUAAGAGCGAGCGGAAACUGCGAACCAAAAUUGAUCAUUGUUAUCACUGUAGAGGUAAAUAAAAUUGUCAUAAGCAAAGUGUUUCUAGAAACUUUGAUAUCAAUUAAGAUUUUUUCCGCUGAAUUUUAUAUUUUUCGAUUAUUUUAUCUAAUUACGUAACCUUGUCAGUGGGUCUUUGUUGCUGGGCUUGGUGUUAAAUUUCAUAAUUCUUGAUUUAACAUUGCUGACAUUUUUACAGCGAUGUACCCCAAUUUUUGGAAUUUUCGGCUUCAAAUGAAAGUUGAUGUUUAAUCUGGGUUUAUUUUGUACACUUUCAGGCGAGAAACCUUUUCCUUGCACAUGGGAAAACUGUGACAGGCGGUUUGCAAGAUCUGAUGAACUAGCUAGACACAGACGGACGCAUACUGGAGAAAAGCGUUUUGCUUGUCCCCUUUGUGGAAGGCGUUUCAUGAGGUCUGAUCAUUUAACAAAACACGCAAGAAGACACAUGACAGCCAAGAAAGUUCCAGGGUGGCAGUUGGAAAUGAAUAAACUGAACCAGGUUGCCACUAUGCAGCAGCCAGCAUCUAAUGGCACACAGCAGCCUAUGCAAAUUACAAGUAACUCUUUACCAAGUAUGGUAUUGCCAGUGUCAACUGUGAGCACAGCAACAUUACCCACUGGUACACAAUCAGUACAUUCAUGAUUAUGUAACAGUCAGAGAGAGAAAGAGGUGGGUCCUCUGUGGGCUGCGCUAUAAGCCAAGAGAAAGGCACAAUGGUGGAUGUCAAGUCAAGCUUGGAUGGGAAAAUAAAUGAAGAACUGCCUCAUAUAAAUAUGGUAAACAUUUGUACAAAUUGAUGCUACAAUGAUCAAUCUUUUUAAGAACAACUUGGUCACACCGAAGACAGGCAUAAAUUUUUAACCAAGCAGAGGGAAUUUCUUCCCAAAUUUAAGUUAUGGUUGUUGUAUUAAUUGUAGUCUGGUUGGCCUCCCAUGCAGGAUCAUGGCAACUGUGUUGUGUGUUCAUGUUGAUUUCAUUUUGUGUUUGUCAGAAAUGGAUUAACAAAAAUGGAACUUGUCCAUUUACAUUAAGGGUCUUUGAAGAUUUGUUGGCUAGCAUGGCUGGUGUUGCUACAUUAGAAGAGUUUAAUAUAUUUGCUGUAAAUAAGAAAACCAAUUUAUUUAGUUCUGCAUGUUGAGUUUUAUGUGCAGACUGUCCAUAUUGGUGCCAGUGAAGUUAAGAAAUAAGUGUAAAAUCAGUUAAUUAAAAAAAUUAUCAAUUUUAAAAAAGUUUAGUUGCUGAAGGUUGUGCUUGAAUUGUAGGUUUAAAUUUGUAACUUGAAAAAUAUUAUGUAAGAUGUGUUCAUAAUUUCAUACUUAGUAUUUAUUUUAGGUUAAGGAAAACCAAACUGAUUCAAAACUUUUCCAAAAAAAUUGGACUGAAAUCUUGUGUACCUGUUACUUUUAACUUUUCAGGAAUUUCGUACGUAUAAUUUAUUUCGGUUCCUUUUCGUUGCAGUGAAAGUAUACAUUACUAUACAUAGGUACGUGUAAAAAAAAAAUAUGAAAAUUUAAGUUAUGCUUUUUUAAACACUCUUACGCCGAUACAAGUUGUAAAUAAAUUGCCUUAUUGAAAGCAAGAUGCGUACGGUUUGCUUGAUCAAAGUCUGCCCAUUCUUUACGCCUUAGGCGCCUGUCCUUCGAAGGAUUAUUUAUACACUGACUUGUUCUAAUUGAAUAUUAUCAGAAGACCUUAUGUGAUAAUUGGUUUGCGUCAGUGGGGAACAUUUUCAAAUAUCAGUCGAGGGUUUCGUGUAACUCUUUUAUCACGUGAAAAGCACGAGCUGUGCAUUAGUCGUGUUAUCUUAAUUUCGUUUCGGCUAGUUACAGACCCGGCCAUGUAGAUUACCUUUUCAUUUGAAGGACAAUGAAAAUUAUUCUCUCAACAGAAUAGAAAAACGAUAUUAAGCUAUCUUUAAAACAAAAAAAAAACGGAAGAAGGAUGGAGAAUUAGAAAGCGGCUUGCUAAUUAUGAACUUGUUAAAAAUGUGACUAAAUCAAGAUUAAGGUAGCCUUUCCAUUAAGCGCGAACUAUGACGUAACUUUGAAUGAUCGUCGCAAGUGAAAGGCAGAAUUUCUAUAAGAUAAUUGGCAAAGAGAGGCCUAUGUCGUCUUUCUAAGAGCGAAGAUCAAACAGCUUUCACGAAGAAAGGAUUAGAGCCAUGGUCAAGAAAACGGACAAAAUUGUUUUCCGCGCUCAGUAUGAUGCUCAAACAAGAGACGGUCCACUAUUCGCCUGAAAAGAUGGGUCUGGAGUUCAUUCUUGGGACCAUUCAUAUCUUAUAUGAGAAGGGUCGUUAGCAUAAUACAAACUUUCUUUUCUUCUGAUUGAACCGACAGUUCCUUAACUGAACAAGUUUAUUAUCAUUCAGACGUGAGCUAUUGUGAUUAUGUUCUGAGCUUUAUAGUUAAUAUUUCAUUCGCAGUCUUUUCACUAAUAUUGGAUGGACAAAUUUCCAUUCCUUUCCCUCUUCAUUAAGGCCAAUUUCGGUUAGCACCCUUACCUUAAUACCGUUUGGAGACAAGUUGGAGGGAUGUUUAAAUUUGAAUAUAAUUUCUUCUAAGCUAGAAGACUACGAUUUGCCAUAGUGUGUUGUUCAAACGACUCACCCACAACCCCACCCUCAAAUACUUCUAAUUUUUUUGCGCAUACAGAUCCUUUUUGAUUGACUAAUUUUUUUCAUUACAAAAGCUGAUAAUUAUGUGCAUAAUUUUGUCUUGGAAGCUUGGUCAGGCUUUGCGCAAUCGUCUAGGACCACCAAACCAACCAAUCACAAUAAAGUUGUCACAUGGUCGCACGCGAGCCAUAGUUUUGACGGUCGUACACGUUCGAUGUUUGAAUGUUCGCUCGUCGCUUACUUUUUCUUUAAAAGUUCAAGAUAAAUCAGUCACCAUUCCGCGUUUAAAAGAGGGAAGAAUUGUCUGCUGCGACCCUGCGGUGAAGGUGAGACAUUUUUGUCCAUAUUUUAUGGAAUUACUGGCUUUUCAUAUGCGACAUUGAAGUCCACCUUAACUGAAAGUAAUGGCCGUUCACCCACCUUUCUCCCGACCUUUAUACAGGGCGGCCAUACUGCGAAAAUCUACUCCAACUGCCCAGAAGCUGACUUCCUGAAGAAGGAAAAGUUCGAAUUCACCUUCAACGUGGAUUCCGACCCAAGCUAG